UAAAACCCAUAUACCCUUCCCUUCCCUCGCUCAGUCAGUCACUCCAUCCUGCCGCCUCCUUUGCCCGGAACUCGUCCUCGCCCUCGUCUCUUAACCGUCACGCUAUCUUGCCUCUCGCCACCAGUUCGUCUGCAUCUCUGCCUGUGUAUCUGUUUCUCCGUUCUGCGUCGCCCCGUUGUCCUCGCCCGCGGCUUCUCACCUCCAGCCGCCUCGACUAGACACCAAUUGCUUCAACUAAGUAACUGAUUGACCGUUCUCCCAAUGGAGGGUUUGAAGGUCUCAAACGCUAAUUUAACUGUCUACCUUCACCCUUCCAAGAGUAGAGACGCUUCCGAAGCCAUUCUUCGUGAGCUCAGCUCUUUGCUUUUCACGUUCAGCGAAGCCUUGGAUGGUGUUGUCUUAGCUUACGAUAUCAAUUCGCUUGAUAACAAGGCGGCCAAGAUUCUUUCUGGUGUUAUUCCUUAUUUCGGUGUUCCGCUUAGCGUGGAUUUGUUGCUUUUUUCUCCAAAGCCUGAUAUGCUUUUAGAGGGGAAGGUUGUUAAGCUUUCACAAGAGUCUAUUCAUGUUGUUGUGCUUGGAUUUUCUUCUGCCAUUAUAACCGAGAAAGACAUUAGGGAAGAAUUCGUGUACAAAAUUAAACAUGAGCAAGAUGUGUAUGCAAGCAAAUCUCACAAGAGACAUGUUAUCAAAGUUGGAACUAUGAUACGGUUUUCAGUCAAGAGCUUUGAUGAGGAAAUACUUCAUAUUUAUGGCUCCUUGAUGCCAGAUCACACAGGCAGCAUUCAUAUAUAUAUAUUUUUGUGCUUUACUUAUCUUCAAAAACUGCACAGGAUUGCAAAGAAGAGGGAAAGUGAGGGAGAACUAACAACAGUCAAGCAAGAUGCUAUUGAUGGGAAAAUAUCACCCUUGGACUCUGCCCUGAAAAUAAAAAGGUCUAAGAAGCAAAAAAUACAAGAGGAGUCUUAAACAUCACACUGUAGUUCAAUUUUGUGCCAACAUUUUUGUCCACGGGUAACAUUUCUGUUUUCUAUUGUUAACCAAAGGAUUUUGCUUUGAAUGAUGAAAAUUCUGAUUAUUCAUUGUUUGAAAGAGUGAACACCUCAAGGAAGGCGCUGUGUUUUCGUUUAAUGAAUGUCUGAUUCACAUGAUGACACCUUUCAACUCCCUAUAUGAUUUUAAUUUCCCACAAUCUUAUACGUUCAACUUUAUUAAUUAUCUAGUGUCUCAUAAUUGGCCACAAGAAUCUGAUUGUUAACUAUAGUUGUUCGAAAUUGCCAUCUGAUUUCAUAUAUGUUAGAAUCUCAUCUGAAGGACAUCCAACUAGAGGAUAGUAAACAGACAUGUUUUCACUGAUGUGGAUGCUUCAGAGUUCUGCCGUUGAAUUUCAUGAUUCUCGAAGUUGCCUUGGACAUGGGUGCACUCUUUAGCUCCAUAUACAGAUUACACUAUCUCCAGAAUAUACUUGGUGGUAAAUAGUAGUUUUGAGGAACAUGGCAUGUGCGUUUAGUGUGAAUAGAGAAGCCUUGGGACUUGGGCAUUUAGUUUCUGAUGUUGACAUCGGGAAUUCUUUAGGAGUUGAGGGACAUUCAUGUGUAUCACUGUUGAUUUGAUUGCCUCAAAAGUUACCAUGUUUUAAAUCCUAUGAAUAUUAUUUACUUCAUUUUUCAACAA